AUGGUUACACCAGAACUUCUUUCAUCGUCAAUGAACUUCAUUUCAUUUCCUUCACAUAUAACAACAAGCAGAGAUAACCAAGAGAAUAUAUCAACGUGGUGUAUAUCUGAAGAAAUAAAGGAAUAUAAUUUGGACAAUGUCGAAUUUGAACGUGAUGAAUUGUUUGAUGAUCCAUGUUAUAACAAUGAAAAAAUGCCUGAAGGCAAUCAAUUCAAGGAAGAUAUUCAAUAUGAAGAUCCGGUCGUACAUUGUCAGAAUUCUCAAGAUCAAUUUGAACAAAUUCUUCGUCAAUUUCAUAAAAUAAAUCACAAAUUAGAUGAUAUCUAUGAAUAUCUAUCAUCUGAUCGUAUAAUAAACAUCAUUCAACGACAUUCUGGACGUUCACUUUUACAUGCAGAACUUAAUGGUUCAACUACACUUUCAUCAACUACAGCAUCAAAUUUAAUUAGUCGUCCAACAAAUUUUCGUCAUUUAGUGUCUAUUUGUCGUGAACAAAAUUUACAUCAUCACCCAGCUAUUGAUGAUGAUUCAUCAUCAACGAAUCCUAAUACUAUAUUACCAACAUCACCAACAUACAUAUCAGGUUCAACAAAUAAUAUACAUUCAUCAAAUUCGACAAUGAUGCAAAUACAUUCUGAUUCAUCAAAUAAUCAAAAUUCCUCGCAUAAUUUAUAUACAAAUCAAAGUACACUAGCAACACCAAAUUUAAAUCGACUUCAAACAUUAACUUGA